GAGGAUCCUCAUCUCAUCCUGGAUUUAAGUUUCGUUUCUGCUCCUCAUUGCUUCUCUCCAUUGCUGCAGCUCGAAGAGAAGGCUCAAACACCACUGACCAUCACAGGUUUACAGAUCAGCAGUCCACGAUGAACCCACUGCUAACCAGACGGCAACAGAGAACAAUCUGCUCGGACAUUGGAAAUGUGAAGCUGAAGCUGUUGUAUAAGGCCAGCAUCCAUGGCUUCACUGGUGCAGUCUUCCACCAGAGAUGUGACAACCUCUCUCCGACUCUGUCUGUGGGCUACAAUAGCUCUGGUCAUGUGUUUGGAGGCUACACAGCUCAAUCAUUCAAUCAGUCUGGACAGUACAUGCAUGAUAACACAGCAUUUCUGUUCUCCUUCAAUGGAAAGUUCUGCAAAUAUCCAGUCGUUACUCCUGCAAAUGCAGUGAAAAUGGUUUCUAACAGUGGUCCAUAUUUUGGAGAGGCGCUGGUUCUCAUCUAUGGGAAUAAACCAGUAGUUUACAGCGCUCCAGGAAAUUAUUACAACUUCAACGCUGAGGAAAUGCAUGGUAACAAUCUCAACCUGACAGAGUGUGAAGUCUACCAAGUGGAGAAAUCUGCAGAACUGGAGAAGCCAUGGAGGACUAUCGUCUGGGAAUCUGAGAAGCGGAAAGAGCUGAUCGAGCGCAUUCAAGCUUACAAACCUCUGAUCAGCUCCGUUUCCCAGGUUCGGGUUUUGCUCGUGGGACCAGUUGGAGCUGGAAAGUCCAGUUUCUUCAAUUCUAUCAACUCCGUAUUCAAAGGCCAUAUCACCAGCCAGGCCAUAUCUGGCUGCGCAGCCACCAGCCUCACCACUCAGUUUCGCUCGUAUUCUGUAAAAGCUCACCGUGAUGGAAAGCCUCUGCCGAUCAUCCUGUGUGACACCAUGGGACUGGAGGACGCGAAGGGUGCCGGUCUCGACAUAGACGACAUCAUGAGCAUUGUUAAAGGGCAUCUGCCAAACUUUUAUCAGUUCAACCCCACAUCUCCCAUGAGCUCAGAGGCGAGCAACUACCGCAAGUCCCCGGAGCUCAAAGACAAGAUCCACUGUGUGGUGUAUGUCAUUGAUGCCUCUACGAUCUCCAUUAUGUCCACAAUCCUGGAGCUGAAGCUGGAUAUGAUCCGCAGGAAGGUCAACCUCCUUGGGAUUCCUCAGCUGAUUCUACUCACUCAAGUGGAUGAAGCCUGUCCUUUGGUGAAAGAGGACGUGAGAAACAUUUACAAGAGUGGCUACAUCAAGGAUUUGAUGCAAGAUAUCAGCUCUCAACUCGGUGUGUCCAUGUCCUGUAUCGUCCCUGUGAAGAACUACAGUGAAGAGUUGGAGUUGGAUGUAAACUGCGACAUCCUGCUGCUCAGUGCCGUUAAUCAGAUGCUCUGCUUUGCUGACGACUACUUUGAUGAAGUCGGUGACCGGAUGAGCAGCCUUCGUACCAAAGUAGAGUAGGCAGAGUUCAGUAAAUAUGAGGGAAAGAAGGAUCCUCACAGGAGAUCUCUCUCAUCUCUGCUGUACUGUGUUGUCAGUGUUGUGCUGCGACGGCUACAAUAAUCAUACACAAACAUUUUAAGCUUAGCUCUUAAUGCUGGAAGAUGCAACGUCUUCAAAUUACUUCUGGGACUUCAAAAUGGAGGGGCAGUAGCUAUACUCAAUAAUUUAGACGUUUACACUUGUAGUCCGAUUGCCUGAUACAGAAAAUAAUUAAAAAUACUACUUUUGGUUAAGUUUUUAUGAUGCUGUUAUUUUGUUAUUAUGAUUAUUAAAAACACUUUGGGAAGUAACAAGGUACUUUACUCCACAAAGCAUCACUAUCAUUUAAAGUGGUGGGGGGUAAUUUCUUCAUUAUUUGACAGUAGUGUGGUUUGCAGUGACUCUUCCUGACUGUUAGCAGGUGCAGCGCUCAGACCAAAUUUA